ACAUCUAUGUUCUCCCCACACCAAGAGACCCUAAUUGUCGACAUGGUCCGUGAGAACAACACCAUUAAACUGCGUGAAAUUCAGCUGAGGAUCAUUGAGGACCAUGUGCAUUUUGAGGGUAUUGACAGUGUCAGCCUCUCUACUGUUGACCGUGUCCUCAAGCGCAACAGACUGCGCAUGAAACAGCUGUACAGAGUGCCCUUUGAACGCAACUCUGAUAGAGUCAAAGAGCAAAGAUUCCAGUAUGUACAGAGAGUUUUUGAACUGGAUGCAAUGGAAAAACUCCAUGAAUACAUCUACAUGGAUGAAGCUGGGUUUAAUCUCACCAAAAGGAGAAGGAGAGGCCGUAGUGUGAUUGGCCAACGGGCCAUUGUUGGUGUCCCUGGGCAGCGUGAUGGCAAUGUCACACUGUGUGCUGCCAUCAGCAAUCAUGGUGUUGUCCACCAUCAGGCCAACCUAGGGCCCUACAACACUCACCAGCUCCUCAUUUUCCUCAAUCACAUGCAAAAUGCUCUGUUAGGGCAGCAGGAUGAGCAGUCCAUCUAUGUCGUUGUUUGGGACAAUGUAUAUGAAUGCAAACCUUAUACCAGGGUAAAUCUCCUGCAAGCCAUGGAACUGGCCUGUGGUGACAUGGGUGUGGAGGCAUGUCAAGCCUGGAUAGGGCAUGCCAGGGGUUUUUUCCCCCGUUGCCUGGCCAGAGAAAAUGUGGCCUGUGAUGUAGAUGAAGUCCUGUGGCCUGACCCAGUACGGAGAAAUGAUGCUGUGGAGUAA